AUGAGCCUGAAACAAAAAGAUUUCUUCUUAAACAUGUAUUCAAAAGCUGGAAAAUCAAGCUCCUAAAUAUAUGCACAUCUUAUAGGAAGAACAAGCAAAUCAUACUCUAUAUAAAAAAUAUGUAAUCCUUAAUUCAUAACAAUAACACCUAAUAAACUAACUAAAAAAUCAUUAAAAUAAUAACCUUUCAGUUAGGGUUUGUCUAGAGAAUAUCUAAAUAAAUUAUAGAAUAAAGGAAAUACUAAUUAAUCAAUUUGUAUUUAUAAUCCAAAAUAUUCUGCUAUAUAAAAGUAAACAAUUUAUCUAUUAAGAAAGUCUGAUUUAGGUGGUAAAUUUGUAGUUGAACAUAAGAUUACUAUAAAGUAAGAAAACGAUUCUUAUACUUCUAUUGAUUUAAGUAAUAUAAAAUCUAAAAGAACAAAAGGAUAUGUAGAUCUAAAGAGAUAGUUAUCAAGAUAGCAAUACUAUCGAUAACAAAAUAAUUCAAAAAAUAGUAAAUUGAAUUAAUUUUUAUCAAUUAAUACUAAUUCAAUAAGAGAAUAAAAUUAAUAUUCUAUCAAAUUUAAAAGAUCUAGAAGUGUUGAAAUCAAAGGAUCUAGAAAUUCAUUAAAUAAAAAAUAAAUUAAAUGCUUUUAAUCAUUUUAUGAUUCCGAAAAUGAAGAAAGAAAGAUAAAGUUAUUUUCAGCUAAUUUUGAGAAGUAAGGAGUCAGGAAUUCCUUAAUGAGUAAAUCUGUUGGUUUAAGAGAUUAAUCAAUUUAUUAAUAUGAUCAAUUUUCAAAUACAAAUACAAAUACAAAUUCAAUUAUUCGUCCAAUUACUACAAAAAAAAUUAAUAUUUUUAAGAAAUUAUUAUAAAAAACAUAUAGAGAUUAAUAAAGUAUGCCUAAUACUAACAAAAGAAGAUUUUAGAUAAAAGCAGUUAAUUAAAAAUUAUUAGAAUUUAAUUCAUUAACAAAAUGA